GCACAUAGUAUCAGCACCUUUUGUCGAUACAUUCAAAACGAGGUUGGAUAUUCACAAUAUCACAUUGUUAUAGGUCGAUAGACUUAUUGUCCCUACAAAUGAAGACAACCAUUUGAACUAUAUUUUAUAUAGUGACAGUACCCGCGUUAAUGAACCACAAGGUCAAUUCCGCGAUAAAACAUGCGUCUAAAUGUUGUUGUGGCAGUUUCUGAAAACUGGGGUAUCGGAAAGGGUGGAGGGUUACCUUGGAAAAUAAAGAAAGACAUGGAGUUUUUCAAAACAGUAACGACUAAAGCUCAUCCAGGUAAAGUUUUUAGCCUAAAAAUAAAUCCAGGCCUCAAAAAUGCGGUUGUUAUGGGGAGAGUUACAUGGGAAUCUAUACCAGAGAGCUUCAGACCACUAAAGGAUAGGAUUAACAUAGUGGUAUCAAGCACGCUAUCACACGCACCAUCGUGUGUUCAAAUUGUUCCCAAUCUUAAUGCAGCGAUUGACUUGUUAUAUAAUGAAGAAUUCAGCUCUAUAGUAGAUGAGGUUUUUAUUAUCGGUGGGUAUCGUCUUUACAAAGUGAGUUAGAUUUUAUGCCCUAUUUUGUAUCUCUGGAGGCUUUCGCACAGUUAUUCUAGACUGAUCAACCAUAAAAAGUAUGGACUUACUAAAUUUUUUGUAUUCUUAAAAUUUUUUAACUUUUGCUCUGUUAUUGGUUAGAAAAACGGUCAGAUAGAUGGAAAAACUAACUUCACUAUUAACGAUACAUUAGUUUCCUUUAUCCUCCAUUUAUUAAAUUAAUCAUUUUAUAUGUUUCUUUCUAGUGAUUUUAUUAUCCUUAUUCGUUUAUAUUAACUUAGUCUGUUCUUAAAAACUGGUAUCUCUGAUCGAUUUAAGUAGGUUUAUAUAGAAGAUGUCAAGAUGCACAACAAAGAACUAAGAGUAUUUAUGUAGUCUACAAUAGUAAAAUAAUGAGUCAUAAAGAACGCGAGUGGGAAAGGAAUGAAAUCGAAAAAGAACCUAAUGAUUCCACUUACCUGUUUCGAAGGUGUCUAGAAAACAGUUUCAGUUUUGAUAAACAUGUCUUAUUGAAAGUGUUACCUUAGGGGUAAGGAAGUAUCUUCUUAUGUCUAUUUAGAUGUGAUCGUAAUGAAAAUUUAGCAGAGUUAAUUUCAUUUAUUGGAUGCCUACUGGGUGUUAGGCUAAGAUUUUGGAAAAAACGGUUUGUCAUUGGUACGACCAUAUUCAUGAACGUACACAUAUCGAAUGGUUGGUAUUCAUUAAGGGUUUUGUAUGUAACUGGGCAUUAAAAGGAACCACAAAAUAUUCUUUCUUUUCAGGUUUAACCAAAACAGCAGCCAAGAGCACUUUAUGAAGUCUAUUGUGUAGGCGAAAUUAUUAUAUGCAUUUGAGUUCGAAUUAUUUACACUUAGACUUUUGUAUUUACAGACAACCUAUAUUUUCUUAAUUUAGGAAGCCUUAAAACAGUCCAUAUAUCCGGUUCGUAUCUAUUGUACGCACAUACUAAGUGAAGUGGACUGCGACACUUAUUUCCCAGAAGUCGAUUGGGAUAAGCUGAAAAAAGUUGAUCUACCUGAUAUACCGGCGGAUACUUUCACAGAGAAAGGAUUUACGUUCAAAUUCUGUGUUUAUGACGUCCCAUCGGAACAGUUUAUAUAAUUUGUAAAUUUAUCAGUAGAUAUCAAGAAAUCAAAUAUUUAUUUGUAAAAUUUUUAAUUUUAAAUACAAAUUGUUUUUAUACGUCUCGUUUACUUUCAUCAUACUUGAUGUAAACCAAGACGAUUUAAAGAAAAGAUUUUGUUAUAUUAAUCGGCUCAUCACCACUUACUUACAUCUGUUAUCCCUGGUACAGAAGCAUAGGUCGCACAAGAACACUCUCCAUCCAACCCUGUCCUGGACAAUCCUUUCCAGUUAACAUUCAUC